AACAAAAACAGGCACAGUUGGGGCCAGAGUCACGGCAGGAGCUAGAGGAUCUGUCACCCCAGGUUCCUGCUGGUAGUUUAGUUGCCCAUCCUGGCUGAGGUGGGCCUGGCAGGGCUUCAGAGAGUCAGUCACCAGGACUGAGGUGAGUCGGAAAGAGGUGGGGUCAGGUGGGGGGCGCCCCCCAGAGCAGCCUGCCCGGGAAACAAGAGCCACCAGCUAAAAGCAGAUACACUGUCAUGGUGCUGAGGGCCUGAGUCACUGCUGCUGGGUGUCAGCUCUCUUCACUCCCCCACACCCGCCCACCAUUCCCCCUCCUUCCCCCCUCCCAUCCCUGAGGAGUCAUCCACAUAAAUAUUGAGUCCUGGCUUCAGUGGCCAGACAGGACCUCAAAAGGUCACCAAGGUUAUUCUUCUGACACCAGACAUGCUUCUCUGUCAUAUCACAGAGACAGGAAGAGUUUCAAGGAUGAUCCAGUCCAUAGCUAGGUGUGGUGGCACAUGCCUGUCAUCCCAGGAGGAUCAGGAGUUCAAGGCCAGCCCCUGCUUCAUAGGAAGUUGGAGGUCAUUAUUCCAGAGGCCCUGCUUGCAAAAAUCUAAAACAAGCCAAGCGUGGUAGCACACACUUUUGGCCCAGCACUGGGGAGGCAGAGGCAGGCAGAUCUUUGUGAGUUUGAAGCCAGCCUGGUCUACACAGGAAGAAUUCCAGGGAAGCCAGGGCUGCACAGAGAAACCCUGUCUCGAAAAACCAACCAACCAACAAAAAACCCAAUGGCCUUAAAUGGCCUCUGCAAAGCCCAUGGAACAUCACAGGAGAGGGGAUGGAAGGACAGUGGGAGUGGAAGGAGGGGCGGGAGGAUGUGGUGGUGGUGGUGUGUGGUCACCUGUGUAUGUACGGCAUGACCUCACAAACGUGAACACACAGCAGCUGUGGCUGUCUGCAUGGGGUCUGGAUAAAAGAGGGACAUUCAGAUAGCAGGGUAGCGGCGAGUUAGCAGGAAGGGAGUGAAGAAGAUGAGAAUGGAAUGGAUGAGAGAGGGUCACAGAGUGGGGUGGGGGGGGAGCCUGGUGGGUGACUAGGACACAAGUAUGAGACUCAAAACACAAGAACCUCAGCGCUGAGGACAUGGCUGCUGGUCUAGAGGACUAGGGCUUGGUUCCCAGCAUGCAUAUGGCGGCUCACAACCCCCUGUAAGUCCAGGUCCAGGGGAUCUUGCGCCCUCUGCUGGUUUCCACAAGCACCAGGAGCCCAUGUUGUACACAGACAGGCAGGCAAACAUGCAAGUGCACACACACACACACGUAUCAAGCACUCAAAAAAAAAAAAAAAGAUGAUGGUUCAGUCUUUUGUAUUUGGGGCAUCUUCCUCUCUGAAAGCAUUUUCACAAACGUAAGUGCUCCCCAAGAUUCUGAUCUAGGCCCCUGGAGAGAUGACUCAGCAUACUGCUUUUGCAGAGGACCUGAGUUUGGUUCCCACACCCACAACAGGCAGCUCAUAACCACCUAAAGCUCCAGUUCCAGCGGUGCAACCCCCUCUUCUGACUUCUGUGGGCACUCCACUCAUGCACCCACAUGAUGAAAAAGAAAAUAAAACUUUUAAUUUUAAAAUUAAAUUUAGUAUUUAUUAAAAUUUUUUUGUGUGUUUUGUCUGCAUGCAUACAUGUGAACCACGUGCAUGCUCUGUGCUCAUGGAGGCCAGAGGAGGAUAUUGAAUCCCCUGGAACUGGAGUUAUGAAUGGUUGUGAAUUAUCCAUAUGUUAACUUUAUAAAACUGUUUGUUUCUCAGUUUAUCUCUUAAUGCGGCUAUCACACAAAUAAUUGACUUUUUUAUAAUUGUUUAGUAAUAAGCUUCAUAACACAAUAACUGAGCAGUUAUUGCUCUAUUCUUAACCCUUUAAGCUAAUUUGGUGUCCUCCCAGCAUACAUCUCCAAGAACUUGCACUUUGCAGCUUUCCAGCUCUCUCUCCUGGUGUCUCCUCUGCACAUCAGCUCAGUCCCCUGGCUGAAUCCCCCACUUCCUCCUCUAACUCCUCCUUCCCUGGCUGGCAGGAAGUCCAGCCCUAUUCUCUUCCCUGCUCAGUGACUGGCUGUAAACUGCUUUAUUAUUUCAGGGGACAAUUAGGGAGCAGUGUUUACACAACACUGAGACAGGAGAUUCUCAGAAUUAGGAUUGCAACCAGAUACUGGUGUGGGUGUGUGUGUGUCAGAAGUUAGCAUUUGAAUCACACAAUAUAACCUUAUGCUUACAGGGACUAAAAUCCAAACCGGGGUCCUCUGUAAGAACAAAAGCUCUUAACUCCUGAGUCAUCUCUCCAGCCUAAAGUAAUUGUGAUGAUUUAAUAAACAAUCAAACAAAUAAAUAAUAAAUCUGACUUGGAGUUCUGAGGACCAGGAAUUCUUUCCCCUCAGUUCUCUGCCCAGCCAGCCUGAAGGCCAGGUCAGGAAUCCGUUUACAGAACAUCCUCCUGGAUCAUUUUCAGGCCUGGGAGACUUGGAUGAGAGGCAGGCAGGCCCAUGCUGCAAGGUGCACAAGACAGAAGUGAAAAGGAAGGAGCUGUGUGGCAGAUCCAAUCUGGCUUCGGACCGAUUCUAACAUAAUAGAUGUCUCUGCUGCUCCAGGCACUUAAGCACAACAGAAAGACCUUGAAGGAGAGGGGAAGAUGGCAGGCAAGAUUAGUCUACACAGCCUGGUCUUCACAGGAAGAAUUCUAGAAAAACCAGGGCUGCACAGAGAAACCCUGUCUCGAAAAACCAACCAACCAGCAAAAAAACCCAAUGGCCUUAAAUGGCCUCUGCAAAGCCCAUGGAAUAUCACAGGAGAGGGGAAGGAAGGGCAGAGGGAGUGGAAGGAGGACGGGAGGUGUGUGGAGGUACCGAGCAUAGGAGGCCCUGACACCCGUCUCAGCUCCCUGGUGCGCACGGCGGGGUGUGGCAUGUGAGGCCAGUUGUGACACUAGUGCCAGCUAGCUGCCCAAGAUCAGAGACAUGUUUGGGUUGUCAACAGAACAGCUAAGCAUCAGUUGACAGGUGGGUGAGGGAGGGUGGCUCUGGCAGCAGAACAGGCUCCCACCUCCUUCUACAGCACAGAAAACAUACCUGCUCCUGUUCUGAAGUGUCUAGGAUAGAGGCAGUUAGGAGUCUUGGAUUUUAACCAGUCACCAAAGGACCAUGAUCUUCAGAGUGGCUGCUCUGAUGGGGGGGGGGGGGGAAUUAUCCAUUUUCUUCUUCCACCUCCUUUUUUUUUCCUCCUCCUUUUUUUCCCACUUGUAAAUUAAUUAUUUUUUCACUUUACAUCCUGUUUGUAGCCCCAUCAUUCCUCCUUCCUGUCCAGUCCUCCCUCCCUCUCUCCCCUCUCCCCUCGCCUUCUUGACACAGGGUCUCAUGUAGCCUGGGUUUCGAUCCAAUUUGCUAUAUAGUGGAGGAUGACCAUGAAUUUCUGGUUCCCCUGCCUCCACCUCCCAAGAACUGGGAUUUCAGACAUGUGCCACCACAGUGGGUUAGGAACUGAACUCGGGGCUUCGCGCAUGCUAGGCAGGCAUUGUACAAACUGAGCUGCGUCACCAGCGCCCCAAUCUUCUGAAAGGGUCACCGAGCACACACCCGUUAUAUUGUGUCCACUGCCCUGCUAAAGCCUCAGGAGCUUGGAGAUGGGACAGUCUAGGCCUGAGCUCAGCCUCUGCUGUGUGACCGUGGGUAACUGAGGUGACAUUCCUCUGACCUUCCGCCAGGCAUUACUCUAGACCACAAGGGUGCAGAGGCUGUACUGAGUUGCAGAACAGUGCUUCCAACACACGCAUACUCACACAUGUACACACACAUGCACACACAUAUGCACAUGCAUAAACACAUAUGCACACACACAUCUACAAACACAUACAUGUAUGAAUACACACAUGUACACGUACACACACAGAUGCACUCACACGUGUAUACACAUAAACAUACACACAUACACCACACAUAUGUAUUUCCAAACACACACACAUGCACACAGCACACGCACACACUUCUUUGUCUUCUCCCCAUGACAUUUUCUCAGAGGGGCCAGCCAGAGCCACAGCUCCUAGGAAACUGGGUGUUGAGGGGCAGCUUACUGAGAUUUCGGGGCUAGGUGAAAAUCCCAUCGCCUUGCUAGGCCGUGGCUGCCGCCAGCCCUCCCAGCUCACCACUCUUGCCUUCCUCUCCACCCCUGACCAAGAUGAGACUGUCAAAGCAAGCCCAGAGCUCAGUGUGCAUGCCUGGGUGUCAGGCAAACCAGGGUGGGGGUCCUGGUUCUGGCCCUCAGGCUCUGGGGUCUGGGUGGUGCUGGUCUAGGGUAUGUGUCAUUGGUAAGUGCCACCAUGUCAGCUGGCCUCUGUGUGAUCUUGGACAAGAAGCCUCACAGUUCUGCGGUGCCGUUUCUUUGAAACAGGAUAAUGGGCCAUGUCCCCGGCUUUGGAGAGGACGUAGUCAUUGGGGCAGUUCUGGGCACUGCGGGCCAGCUAUGGUGACCCCAUUGCUCCUAACCCAGUGUGAUUUUUGUUGUCCCCUCCCCUCCCACCCUCUCCUCUCCUACUUUGAAACCCAGGCCCAGCUGAGAGCCCAGGCCCUCAGGCUCAGACCCUCACCAUCCUGUGUUCAGCGGCUCCCGUCCUCAGGCUCAGACCCCAGGAGUCCCCAGGGACCUAUAGCAUUGGGACAGGGUCCCUCUGCCUCGCCUUCUAGUGUGGGACAACCUGCCCCGCCUGGCUCCCCAGUAGCUUCCUGGUCAGUCAGUCGGGGAGUUCUGACCAGUUUCUCAAGGACAUUCUUAAUAGCUUCCUUAACCGCAGGAGGGGAGGGGACUGGUGGAGGGCACACCUGCAGAGGCUCAGAACAAAGAGACUGUGCUGGAGGAGGCCCUGCUGGGGCUUCAGCGGGUCGCCCUAACAGAAGCGGGCACGGGUGCACAGUGGCUCACCAAGCAACCCUCCACCUGUCGUCUGUCUUCAGAGAAACCAUGGAGGAACUAGUGGCUCUGCGGGACGGCUCCUCCAGGAAGCCGGAGACUCUGCAAGAGCUCUGGGGUCCGUGUCCGCGCGUCCGCAGAAGCAUCCAGGGGGGCCUGGAGUGGCUGAAAGAGCGGCUGUUCCGUGUGGGCGAGGACUGGUACUUCCUGAUGGCUCUCGGGGUGCUCAUGGCUCUGAUCAGCUAUGCCAUGAACUUCGCUAUUGGGCGUGUGGUCAGAGCACACAAGUGGCUGUACAGGGAGAUUGGCGACAGCCACCUGCUCCGGUAUCUCUCCUGGACCGUGUACCCCGUGGCCCUUCUGUCCUUCUCCUCUGGCUUCUCACAGAGUAUCACGCCAUCCUCUGGAGGCUCCGGGAUCCCAGAGGUGAAGACCAUCUUGUCCGGUGUGGUCCUGGAGGAUUAUCUAGACAUCAAGAACUUCGGGGCCAAGGUGGCGGGCCUCUCCUGCACCCUGGCAACCGGCAGUACCAUCUUCCUGGGAAAAGUGGGCCCCUUCGUGCACCUGAGUGUGAUGAUUGCUGCCUUCCUGGGCCGUGUGCGCACCAAGACCAUCGGGGAAUCUAAGAACAAGACCAAGGAAAUGGAAAUGCUGGCCGCCGGAGCAGCAGUGGGCGUGGCCACGGUCUUCGCAGCCCCGGUCAGCGGUGUCCUGUUCAGCAUCGAGGUCAUGUCCUCUCACUUCUCCGUCUGGGAUUACUGGAGGGGCUUCUUCGCUGCCACCUGUGGGGCCUUCAUGUUCCGUCUCCUGGCGGUCUUCAACAGUGAGCAGGAAACCAUCACCUCCAUCUACAAGACCAGCUUUCCGGUGGACAUACCCUUUGACUUACCAGAGAUCUUCUUUUUUGUCACCCUGGGGGCCAUCUGCGGCAUCCUGGGCUGCACGUACAACUACUGCCAGAGAACUUUCCUAUUUUUUCUCAAGGCCAAUGGGGUCACCUCCAAACUGCUGGCCACCAGCAAACCCUUGUACUCAGCUCUGGCCACCCUGGUCCUGGCUUCUAUCACCUAUCCCCCUGGUGCGGGCCGCUUCAUGGCUUCCCGGCUGUCCAUGUCAGAGCACUUGGAGACUCUGCUUGACAACAACUCCUGGGCACUGAUGACCAAGAACGCGUCCCCUCCCUGGCCAGCAGAGCCUGACCCCCAGAACCUGUGGUGGGAAUGGUGUCACCCACAGAUGACUGUCUUUGGGACGCUAAUCUUCUUCCUGGUCAUGAAGGCAGGCUGAAAGAGAGGAGUGGAACAAACCCAGCAUGAGCCCGCACACAGUGGGUGCUUUAUUGAGGCUUUAUUGUCUCCCGGUUGGUGUCAUCUCUAGAGCCAGAUGCUGCCGUGGGCCCCGGCCUGGGCACCCUUUUCUCUAGAAACCUCCCGUCCCUCCCGUAUCCUUGCCCUCCUGUGUUGGUUCUAACUCCUGCCAUGUGGGUACAACCUCC